UCUCUUUCCCCCACAAGCCCCCUUCUCCUCUUAUUCUCCGGUAUGCUUUCACUCUCUUUCCUCCACAAGGCCCCUCUUAUACGCUCCCCUCUUCUUCCACAGCCGUCGUCGACGUCGCCACCCUCCCCGUCCCUUCUUUGCUUCCAUAAACCAUCCUUUCGCCUCCAUUCCAUCCGAUCCAUGGCCUCCGAAGGAGCAGAGGACCACCGCCUCAAGCGGAUCGCCUCCACCAUACGCGUCAUCCCCGACUUCCCCAAACCGGGUAUCUUGUUUCAGGACAUUACGACCCUGUUGCUAGAACCCGAGGCGUUUAGGGAUACGAUCGAUAUGCUUGUAGAGAGAUACAGAGAUAAAGGAAUCUCGGUGGUUGCAGGUGUUGAGGCAAGAGGAUUUAUUUUUGGCCCUCCUAUUGCUUUGGCUAUUGGAGCAAAGUUUGUUCCUCUCAGAAAGCCAAAGAAGUUACCUGGGGAAGUUAUUUCUGAAGAAUACUCGUUAGAAUAUGGUACAGACAAAAUGGAGAUGCAUGUAGGAGCUGUUCAGGCAGGAGAACGGGCACUUGUUGUUGACGAUUUAAUUGCAACUGGUGGGACAUUAGCUGCUGCUAUGAGGCUUCUCGAGCGUGUUGGAGCUGAAGUAGUUGAAUGUGCUUGCGUCAUUGAAUUGCCAGAGCUAAAGGGACGUGACAAACUGGAUGGCAGGCCACUCUUUGUGCUGGUCAAAGCUGCUUAGUGCAGCAAAAUGAAGGAUGGUGUUUAAUUUUCCCUGGUGAUGAGAUAACCAAGGUUUAUGGAGAUUGCAUGCGGAAUUUUACCUGAGUAUAAAACAUUUAGAAAUUUGAUUUUGGAACCUAGAUUAUGUGUGUAAUCGAGUGAUUCGACUUGGUAAUUUAUCUGAAUCUUUCUUUAUAAUAUUCCUUUGUAAUUCUCGUACGUUUCUUCAAUCAUAGAUCUGCUGCCAAAGUCCGCUA